AUUAGCAGUACAAUCCAAACGAUCAGGCCUUUUUCUAAAUAACUUUCCAUGGCGAUUUGUUUACAACGGUGUUUCCACUGAUAAGGCCCCCAGUUCAUCAGAGGCUGAUUUGUGAGAUCAACGAGUCUCCCGUCAGCUCUUACGAUGGCUGCAAGUUUAUCUGCUGCUGCUGGAGGAACUGCUGUGUCCCUCUGGGUGAAAGCGGAGCCCUUCAGCUAUGGCACGAUUCCUGUCGCUCCACACCCACGUCUCAACAGCACUAAUAUUAAAAAGAUUGUGAUAUAUUCCAAGAACAAAGGGCGCGCAGGCUUUCCAAAUUUAAGUUAUUCAGUGUGGCAGCACAUAGCUUGCAACAAGCUUCAUCUGUCUGAGGACUUGGCAUGGAUCUCGCUGCCAGGAGUCGGUGAACCUGUACAAGUUUGUUAUCUACCUCAGCAUGCAACAGUUGUACCGCAUGUCGCUCAGAACCUCUCUGGUGGCCGGCGAUGAAUGGCCGAGUGCGUCCAGCUCAAACUCAACAUGUGAUCUUGAUGGAAGAUGUACGCCUCGAGGAGGUACAACCAAGUCUCUGGAUGAUCACAGCCAUCUGUUGUUUGUACAGAACAACAUCGGAGAACUGGUGGACCUCCUGGCGGAGGAAGAUUCAAAGAUGUCCGGAGUGGGUGUGGCAUCCCAACAGACGAGUUCUUUGUCUUUGGAAGCAGUAGAAGCUCUCAGCUUCAUCCUUGUUGGCCGACUAGAGUCUUCGCAGGCUCUGAUUCCCUUUCAAGAUCUUGCCUGCCUUCAGACUGUUCAGCACAGAAGUGGCUUCAACAAGGCUGCCAAGACCUUCUCCUCACGUCAGUUCACUCUGUGGGUCAAGGACAGCCUGGUGCAAAAUCCGUUCAACGUGUCAGCGUGCAUCGCGUCGGGGACCAGACUAUCGUGGCCUUUUCUCGGUGAAGAUCACAAAGCAGAACAGAGCCACAAGAGAGGGAAGAUUGCUACCAAUGCGCACCUUGUGCCGAAAGAGCAUGUGAAAGGAAACAAAAUGAUCAUCAUGAGUCAAGUCAGCAAACAAACCAUAGCAAGGAGUUCUGGCACCCUGGAGAUGAGCACCGUGAAAAUCCACCGCAGCCACCACUCUUUCCUGUACUUGUUGUCUCCCCUUAGAUCUGUGACGAUAGAGAAAUGCCGCAACACGACGCUAAUACUUGGUCCUGUGGAAGCGACGGUGCAUGUCAGUGGCUGUGAGAACGUCACGGUGAUAGCCCCGUGUCGACACUUUAUGAUCAGUGGCUCGACUCUAUGCAACAUGUACUUACUGACCCCGCACCGCCCGCUGCUCCUGAGCGGCAACGACACCAUCAUGCUGGCACCGUAUCACACGUUCUACGCCUCACUGGAGGAACAUAUGACACGCGCUGGCAUAGGGGUGGUGCCCAACUUGUGGGAUCAGCCGCUCUGUAUUGGUCCUGACCACCGAGAUGACCAGCCCGUGUGGCAAAUCCUGCCGGAGACAGAAUUCUACACCUUCUCCGUGCCGUUUGAGAUACAGGGCAGUACCAAAUCACUCCCGUGCAGCCUCCCCAGCCGGUAUCAGAAGGAACUGAAUAAGCGGCAAAAGCAGAUUGACACCUGGCAGCACAUGGUCAAGGACGCUGGACUGACCCGCGACCAGAGGAAAGAAUUCCAGGCCCUGGUUGAGUCACGCUUUCAUAUCUGGUUGGCGGAGACGGGCCAUAAGCAGGAGCUGGACAGUCUGGUGGUUCCCUUACAGUCCACACUGGAGAAAAGAUGAGGAAGACUUCUCAAGCGGCAGUCAGUCGCACCUUGCCAGGAACUCUAGGAUUGGCCAAUGCUUCACGCUUUCAUCAGUUGUGCUUAGUGUUCUUCCCGGUUCAGUUUCUGUUAUCACUUAUACUUCCAGGGAAAAUGAGGCGGUCGUCUGUAAAGCUCAUCCUAGGUCUGUGUGUGUGGAUAUUGAUCGCUGCAAGUUGUGAGCUGAAUGGAAACAGAAUUUUUUGUUUUUUGGGGAAGAACUUUGCCCUGCUGUGUUUAGGGUUCGGGACUCUGUCACCGGUCGCAAAACUGUACUUUUUGGCUUCUACUUUGUCAAAGCAAUUUAUUUCUGUCUUUCCCAUUCUUAUCAAUCAAAUCAGCAAUUGAAUAUCGUUUUAUUUGUCCUGUUAAACUAUGAGCAAAAAAAUUGGUUGUGAUAUUUUAUUCUGCCUUUUUCUGUUUGAAAGUAAACCGGGUGUCUGAGAAGUCCAUCUGGAAAAAGCCAAAGAUGAAUGCAAUGCAUGUGUGUUGAUGUGUAAACAGUGGACUGAAUUCUCUUGUGACCAGAGACAAUGUCAUAUUGUGAGCCAGUAAAAAAACCUUUGACCGCUUUUCUGCCUAGAUAGCCUCCGAAUGUAUACCUAAAAUGUAUAUUACGUGUUGUAGUGACAAUGUGAAUGUGAAAGUGUAAUGUUAUGCAAUCAUUCUCACAGUCCAACCAUAUUUCACCUCUAUGAAAAAUUGCAAGUCUUUAAGGGUCCCUCACUGCCUCAAAUUUUAACGUGGAGCGGCUGUGAUGAAGAAUGAUAAAUUUGCACCAUUGUCAUUUAAAUACUAAUUUCUCAUUAACUGCUGAUAGUAAAACCUUUAUACUUCACAGGAUGGUAGAAAAAUAAAUGUUUCUAUUGAAAUAUGGCUAGGGUAAUUCAUCUCCAUUUGAAUGCCAAAACUAUUUACAUAUAUAUAUGUAAUUAUAUAUAUUAGACAAGAGACUGUUUCAUUUACAUGUCUUUCCAUGUGCUUAUGCAGAUUGGUACAAUCUUAGGCCAAACAGCAAUGUGUUUCCUGGGGUCAUGGGGAAGUGGACUAUUAAUGCAAGAUAUCACCUACUAGAUAUGAUGCUAACAUAUCUCACGUUUAGCCAUAACUUCCUCGUUUUAUUGUCCUGUCCUAUCCAAGCUCUAUCACCCUACACACACCUGGGUGGAAGGAGGAAAGACAACAAAAUUUGUCUGUCCCAAGGCUGUUAUGCUCAUGAAACCACCUGUGCCUGGAGAGAAAUCCACAACCUUUAUUUAUACUGUGAGUCAGUCCAUUAACACUGUUUACUUUAAAAAGUUGAGUUUGUCCAGCAAUGCCAUAGCUUAGAUUGUUCUAUAAGAUGGACCGCUUCUCUGUUUGAGGCUUGAAACAGUGCAUCGACACUGCCAGUGGCACUUUGUGUAGAAAAAGAGGUACUAGGAGGCUGUGAUAAAGGAGUGAUGUAUCGUGUAUGUUACAGGUAGGAGCAAAGCUCAGUUAGUGACUUACGAAAUUGAUAUUUCCGAAAUGAAAAAAGCAUGUGUGUCUAUUGGGACCAGUGUCAUUCUCAUUUUUUUUUUCUUGUAGUGGAGGAGACUUUUUGUGGCAAGGCGUACCUUGUACUUCACCCAUUCUUUGGCUGUAGUCAUGUGUUAACAGCUAUAGUAUAGAAGGUAUGGAUGUAUAUGUCCUUGCAUGUACUAUGAAAUCCUGUAUCUUCUAUCUUUCACCUGGAAGGAUCAUAACUGUCUUGACAUUUCCUCUUCAUUUUUUAUGAAAGAUUUUUAGUAUUGCCUUGUGAGUACAUGAGUUGGUUGACAGAGGAAUUGCUGAUGAGUUUUCGUUUCGCACCACAUGAGUUUUUUUUUUUCUUCUCACCUGAUAGUAUGUUUCACUCAUUAAAUUAAUUCUAUACAAUUGCAA